AUAAGGGGGCACGUGCAAGUACGCCGGGACGGCGGGCGGAUGGCCAACACGGCGGCCGGCGAGGCUGUGCUGUCCCCUCCGCCGGGCAUCCGGCGGGAACUCCCCGUCAGCUCUGCUGCGGCCUGCGGUAUUCUCGCCGCUCACAGCCAUAGCUGAGGUCUACGCCACGGAAAGGCUCCGCCAGCCACCGCCGGAGCAGCCUCUCGACGCCAUGGCCACCCCACCCGGGCACCCGGCAUGGGCGUCCCCGCCGGAAUCGGUGCCCGCGACGCAACGAGCCCGCGACGCGCACGCCGCGGGAUACGAGCCAUUUCUCCUAGCCCAGGUACAAGUACAACCACAGCAUCCCCAUCCCGCACAUCCAUCCUUCCUUCAAGCGUCGCCGCCUCCACGGCGCCGUAUCCUCGUGAGGCGCGCGCAAGCACCGGAACGAAAAAGCAUCUAGUCACCAGCGCCGAGAUCCGGGCAUGGCCAAUGUCCGAGCGCCGCCGCCGCCGGCAGUGCUGGAGCAGCAGUUGUCGGCGUCGUGGACAAACGGCGCCGGAAGCCUGCUGCCGGGUCCAGCCUCUCCGCCUGGGCCUCGGCCGCGUGCUGUGGGCGAUCCGCGCGGCAUCCACGUCUUCCGUGGGCCGUGGCGCCGCUCGGGCCCCGGGACUUAAUUGUCUGAUAUGGCCCAUGGGCAUUUUGUGAACCAUGGGUUUGGGCUGUACUGCCCCCAAGGCCCAAACUCUCCAUGAUUGGGCUACGGCUCAUCUCUCUGUCUUCCCUCAUCAGCAGUCAGCAGGGAGGACAGCCAAAAAGUGUAGUACGCGCCAUGGCGGAGUCAUGGCGGGAUCCGGUGCUCCGCGAGCCGCCGGCGAAGCGGAGGGAUAUCGACCCCAUCGCCCCGACCAAGCAUCCUUGGAACCUGCCCGCAAGACUCUCACUCCCACACUGCUCGUGUAACCCAGAGGACAGUUAUGUGGCGAUACCCCGGGAGGCAAACCUGCCAAUCGACGAAGAGGCUAGGAGGGUUGUGGCCGGAGUGUCCCAGGCAGUCGUCGCCGUCGCCUCCAUCGACGGUAGCUUCAUGGGUCCUCUUUUGCGUGUUCCUGAUUCCUGCACCGUGAGGUAUUGCCGUCCAAGUAUAAUGGCUUUCGGUGUGAAUUUGCAUAAUGCCCAGUCUUCACCUUGGAUGAAAGUUCCCACGACUUUGCAUGAAGGGUUGGAUGGUCUUGUUGUUGAGCUGGCACUGCGAGCUGCUUCAUCAGUUGGACUACGGCAAAGGGAUCUAAUUAUUCAGUGCAAUGGAAGACGUGUUGCUACAAGUUUACAGUUGUUCGAAAUAUUGGUGGAAAAUAUUGGAAAGAUGGUGGAGUUGACUGUUAUAAAGGCUGAGGAUGGCACUGCACAUUCAAUACAUCUUCCUGUGGAGGAGACCGUGGAGAAGAAUUUCUACUCGUGGCCAAUCUCAAACUACCAUGGAGGAUUUCUCUAGCUGCUGUGGAAGAUUCUACAUUAUCUGUUGCCUAAUUCAGAACUGGUGAAUGAUGUUUGUGUUUGUUGGAGCCUUUUACAUUUACGUGUAGGACGCUGGUGAAGCAGACUGUUAGUUUCUGUGUCAUUUAUAAGUGUAUAAAUACUUAGAAGAAAUAGAACACUUGGAGCUUAAUGACUCAACAUAUCUUCUUGGUAGCAUUGCACACAGCAAUACCAAAUCUUUUUUUCAGGUUCCCUGACCUGCACCACUUUGUUGUCCGGUGUUUCUGUCUGUAACUCAUCUUGGUUACCAGUUUUGAGUAAAGCUGUAAAUCGUGAGCUAAAGUAUCAAUGCUGGAGCUUUAGAGAAA